AUGCGGCCCAAUCAUUUUUUGAUCCUUGCUCUCCUGUUUUCGUCGUUUUCGUUGUUGGUGCUCAAAGUUCAUGGUGAUCCGCCACAUAUUUUGCUGAUAGUCUUAGACGAUUUAGGAUGGAGUGAUGUUGGCUUUCAUGGUUCAAAAAUCAACACUCCAAACAUGGAUAAACUUGCUUCUGAAGGCGUAAUACUGGAUAAUUACUAUGUACAACCAAUUUGCUCUCCAACCAGAGGUGCUCUCCUUUCCGGAAUGUACCCUAUACAUACAGGUAAAAAUGCGUCGCGCAAAUUAAGCAUUACUGCCAUUACUUGUACCGCUUUCUUAGCAUAGCUUGUUGUUUGUUGAAGUGUCAUCGCUGCGCACUCGCAAUUUUUUCCAACAGUUUCAAUGCCAUCGUUGAACUCAUUCCUCUGGUUUACGGACAAUUUCUUUCCCGGGUAGGGGUAUUUACAAGUGAUUACGCUAAAAGCCAUGCAAGAGAGAAACUUCACAGGACGAAAUUUCAAGAAUCCGUAAAUGGAAACUUAACGUAAACACGUAAAACCGUUGCGGAAACAUGACGGUAAUCACAUGUUUCCGUUAGCGGAUACAUUACGUUUACCCGUGUUUCCGUCGCUGCGGUUCCGGCGGAAUCGUACCACUUUUUUCUACGUUUCCGUCAAAUUUCCGUCUAAGCGAACACGUGUUUCCGCAAGAAUAAAUGCGUGGCAUCCUUGCGGAAACACGCGAAAACGUUCCGGAAACAAGUCAAUUUCAUGUUUCCGUCAACGUAAUCGGAUGUAACUAUUGCGGAAACACGAGUUUACGAGUCGGAAACUGGUGUUUUCAAGUUAUUUCCAUCGUGAAAAAAGCGCUUUUCACCAUCUUGGGGUGGUUUUCCCGCCAUCUAUACUUACAAAAACCCAUUCUCUCGACAUUUUUAUUGCACAAAAUAAUACCACAGCAAUCUUUCCAAGUACUUUCUUUAUUCUUCUUGCUUCCUAAACUGACAAUCAGGUCUUCUUAUGGUAUUUAUUCAUUACAUUGGUUAAGUUAAAUUACAUUUUAAAUGUGAGUGCCUAUUCACACUAGCAAUGAACAGGAAUAGUAAGAGGCUUCCUUUAGGAAAUCCACUAGAAAUUUUCUGUAGGACUACGUAGUGUUUUUUUUGGCAAAGAAAAUGUCAAAUCUGUUAACAAAUUAAUACCCUUUAUAGCAGAUAGUGAUAAACACUUUCAUGUGCAGUUUAUGGCUAGUGAUAUGUUUGGCUGUCUAUAAUAAUUAUUUCAACAAAGUGGAAUAUGAUUUGUCGGGUGAAUGUACAUUGUAGUCCUGAGCAGGACUGUUGUUGACAGCGACUAACGUUUAGACAACAAGGUGAUCAUCAUUUUCAUGGGCAUUGUCAAAACAUCAGUUCCUGUCAACAGUCCCACUAAGUGCUAUACUAACCUGUAUGACCAUAUACCACUUACUCAUAUGACCAUUCUGCUUCAGGAUAAUUUUAUAAUUAUGGUGUCAGGAAAUAUUCUUACUCUUCUAACAUGGUGGUCUAAACUACACAAUUUUCUAUGACCACUGCAAAGAUUGAAAUGCAAAAAAAUACAUCAACAAACAAAGUAUGGCUACAGUUUUACAUAAUACAAGUCUGCUAAAACGGUUUAUGUGUUUCAUGUGUACGUUUUAGGUCACUUCUAUGCUGAAGUCAUUACUUAGGGCGCUUUCCAUUUGUCAAAACUGACCGGCCAGAACAUUCCAGUAGUAACGAGAAUUUCACUUUUAAUCACAACUAUCCAACUAGAUCAGUCAAAACCUAAAUACUAAUGCACAAAGGUGAUGGUUUUUCAGCAAAAACUCUUCAGAAAAAGCUAUUUCAUUGUCGAAACGACUGCUCCAGCCAUGGUCUGGCCGGCCAGUUCCGACUUUUGGAAAGCGCUCUUAGUGUCUUUACCCUUACACAAAAUGCUUGACUUGUAGAGUUAUGAAGAAGAUACAUGCAUCAAGCCAAUUUCAUCAAGAAGCACAAACCAUAAUAACUCUUGGUGAUUUAUGCAGUCACAGCAUUAUUUUAACCUUGAAAAAGUUGGCCAAGUUUCAAUCCAUGAUCAUCUUUGUCAUACAUAGCAAGAGGUGAUGGGAAACAGUGCCAAUGCCUCAAUUAAGUUUUAAAUAACAGAACUGGACCAUUAUUUUUGGAACUUAAUUUAGGCCAAGACACAUUUAAGCCUCUCAAAGAACAAAAUAUAGCAUAGCAUAACCUAACCCUUUUAAAGCAAUAUAAAAUGCCUUUCUGGAAAAGAUGUUCACAAAGUUCUAAUAAUUAUUAUUGUUAUAAAUGAUUAUGCGUUACUGACCAACAUUCAGUCAAGAUGCCUGGAUUUUGGCCAGGCUCUUUUUUGCGAGGCCAAUACCCAGCUAUCUUCACCGAACAAGCUUGAUUGGUUUGCUCACUUGAGUAGCCAAUUAGAGCACAGGAUUUGCUUCACCUUGCCCGCUCACGGAUUCAACCAUAAAAUUGUAAUAAAUAAUUAUGCUUUAUUGGCCAGGUGUGAGAUUAAGAUGGCUGGAUAUUUGCGUCUUUAUUGACCCUGCCUUCCCUUGCAAGGCUGUGCUCUAAGAAAAAUUGAAGGCAGCCCAGCACUCUAAACUUGUGAAAUCCAGUGUGCCCAGCAAAUGAUUUCUAUGAAAAAGCAAAGAUUUUCUAGUCGCCUGAGAACAAAAGUUACAGAUGUAGGCGCAACGGGCCACAGAGCACAGCCUGGUCUUCGUCAAUAAAAAUACAAAAAUGAAUGAGGUCAAUAUUCAGCCAUCUUGAAUGAACAAGCUUGGUCAAUAAAUGAAUUAUUACAUGGCCAAGAAGAGAAAUUUUACUUGUGGGACCAACGCAGGAAAUCCCAAGUGGGCAAAAUGGGCUCACCUUGCCCCCUUGGGUAGCCAAUUAGAAUGCAAGGUUUGCUUCACCUUGCCCACUCGAGGUAGCAGUUGGACAUUUUUUGUCUUUAGCAUAGAAGUAGUAUUUCAAGAUUAACAUUUGCAGAACUUGACUAAGCAUAAAGCACAGUAGCUUGAGACUGAAAUUAAGUUCCAUGAACCAGCCUGCUUUGAGAGAACGUUCUGCACCAACAUCACAUACCAAGGUGAUCUGCCUGGCCUGUUGUAUGAAAAACAAAACAAAGUGCUAAUAAGUAAAACACAGAAGCUAUUCCCCAGGCUAUCGGGCGGGGGGAGGGAAAACCUUUUAGCAGUAAGACAACUUUACUAAUGUAGAUAUUCUCAUACGAAUAAAAAAUACUAAAUGAGUAAUAUACAUAUAAUUUACUGGCCGCUUAUUAUUUUUGACAACUCAGCUGUCUACUUCAAAACUUUCUGACAACCCUGAUUCAUCACAUUACAAUAAUUUUACAUGUAUACAGUUGUGUUUCAUAGUAAUAGCUAGUACAUUAUGUUGCCCGCAACCUGCAACGUUAAGACUAUGGACCAGGGGUUGGUUACAUGUACAUGUAAAUGUAAACAGAGGCUGUCUAUGAUUACCAGUACCAGUAACAAAAAGCCUACUUUUCAAGGGCACAACCUCCCUCAGGUUGUACAUUAUCAUCUACACGUACAGGGUCAAUACCAGGGGAAGCAGGGGAAAGUAACAAGGUCUGGGUGCAAGAAAUGAUGUUCUCACAACUUGUAAAGCGAUAAUCCUGGUGGGCAGCAGAUCAUUUACGGCAGUAAAUGUAUACUUCCGGUGUACAAUCUAUUAUGCAAAACAAAGUUCCCAUCAAACUCCCCCGAACAAAACAGUUUGGCCAUCAAACAAUAUCAAACCAGCUUUCUGGAGAGUUUGAUGCCUGAACAAAAUCGAAACAAACCAAAUUAUAUUAGAAAAAAAUAAAAUGUGAAAACUGAGUCAACUCAACAAGCCAGGGAAAUCUGACAAGUGCUGGAUUCAGAAUAUGCUACAAUAUUAUUGAGGCCAAUUAAGGAGUGAAGAGUAAUAACUGAGAUGAUUCCCAAGAUGAUUUCAACUUGCAGAUUUAAAGACUUUUUCCUUGGUAAACAAAAUAAAUGUAUUGACAUUUUCACAGAAAAUGUUUAUUUUAGAAUUUAACUCCAGGGUUGUCAUUAAGAGCCGGGGGCCGGGGAGUUUCCCCGGCUACUAAGAGAGUGGCCCCCGGCUACUUUUAUUGGAAAAUAGAAGAAAAAUAGAACCAAAAGAAAUCCCUAGCUGUUUGAUUUCCCCGCCUACUUGUUGUGCUUACCUGGCAACCUGAAAUCUUAGUGACAACCCUGAACUCUGAAAUGGAAAUAAUAAAAGAAGCAGGAUCUUACAUCGCCUUGACUGCUUUCACACUAGAUCAAUAAUUAACACACUUGUCAUCAAUUGCUUGGAACUGAAACGCUUGUUUUGUUCAAUUCGAGUGUUCCUUAUGUGAGUUCCACUUUGUUUGAUAACCCAACUCAAUGUUUGACUGACUUCAAAACUCAAAUGAUCUAUUCAAUUUUUUUUGGUGAGUGGGUUUUGUUGAAUGGCUGAGCUGCAUCAAACUCUUUCAUUUGAAAGAGUUUGAUCUAGCUUGAAAGCCAAACAUUCAAUGUGAUGUGCUGGAUAUACAUGUACAUGUGUUUCCUAAAGUAAAUAUUUUAGCAAUGAGAGGCGAACCAACAGAGAAAAUAAGUCAAUAAUUGACAAAAAUAUCAUGCCUCUUUGUUUUUCUCACAUGAUGUAAUUGUUUCUUGGUAUUGAAGAUGCAAGGGAAACUAAAAAAAAUGUGACAGUCACUGCAACCAUGUAACAUCUUUACUGAUAACAAUGUAUGCUGAGCUAUGAGUGUGGAUAUUCAAGGAAUGAUCAGUAAACAAAUCUGCUGGUUGCUUUGCAAGUUGUGGCAACAUUGUUUGGAUUUCAAGAGAACAUAUUUAAGGAGUACCCUCCUUCCCCCUGGUCAAUAUGAUGUUUGCAUAGAACUGCAGGGUAAUACAGGAUAAAUAAAAGCGGUUUUACUAGUUUAACUCCACUGCUGGUUUUGCUGUCCACUGAAAUGAAGACUUAGGGCACUUUCCAUUUGUCAGAACUGACCGGCCAAACCAUUCCCAACGCAAUGAGAAUUUCCAUUUUAAUCAAAUCUCUCCAGCCAGAUCAGUCAAAUCCUAAGUAGUAUGCACCAAGGAAAUGGUUGCUCAGCAAAAACUCUUGGCAAAAGCAUAUUUCAAUAUCAAACCGACUGGUUGGACAAUGGUCCGGCCGGCCAGUUCGGACAAAUGGAAAGCGCUCUUAAAGUCUGGAUCACUCUGUUACAGUCGAUUUCACAUUAUUUACCACACCAUGUUGCAAAGUUCGUUGGAAAAUUGGGUACUACAUCAUGAAGUAGCCAAUUACUUAGCAAGUUAGGGAAUCAAAUUGCGAACUUCAAGACAUAGUUGUCAACUACGACUGAGCUUCACAAGUUUGCUCAACAGUAACUUCACUUCCCAGUUGUUUUAAUCACCGAGUUCUCGUCAAAGAAGUACCUAUUCCUGGGAUCACAGUUACUGAAAAAAAAUACAUGCUUCAACUUUUUCUUGAGCGUUCUCAGUCAAGUAUUAUUAUAUUAUUAGAUUAAGCUCUCUUUUGGAACUAUUGUCAACUCUUUGCAAGAGUAACCGAAAUCACGUGUCAAUACAUGACUUAUCGAACCUUUGCGGGUCAACAACCUGAUUUUCAAUUAAAUGUUUUUGUAUUUCCAUAGCAUACAUACUUGGUCGUUGCUGUUUAAAAAACUCUGUGUAGGGGCUUCCUGGACAUAUGAAACGAUCAACAAUAUUUGUUACCGUCCUUCUCAGUAAAUUAAACUGGUGCACUAUUUGGAAUGGUUUCAAACCCCAGUGAUUUUGUUACCUCUGCAUCUUGUGUCCCUCACACAAAAAAUUAUCCAAAGACGCAAAAUAAUUCAUGGCAUGCAUCCCGUAGGAUGCAAAGGAUGAUCGAUCGAUUUGAAGAUUUGUUGGUAGAAUAUCCGUUUGUGCGAUUUCUGUAGCUGUUGUUUAAAGAUGUAUAUAAUUAUUUUAGUCUUUUUGUGCUUUAAAUAUAUAGGACUAUACUUUCAUUUUAGUAAACUGUCAUAAAAAGUUUUGGCAUCUGUCUCCAGAUUAACUGUCUGGUUAAAAGGCCCAUACCAAGCAUUUUCAAUUAAGGACUCCCUGUUUUUUAACUGGGACUCACUGGUUGUGCAUGUGGACAGGCCAGAACUCUUGACUAUUCACAAAAUGAGUCCCAGGACUCACCAUGCAUAUACUAUUUGUAACAAAAUCACUGGAACCCUCUAACCAUUUUUCUACAAUCAUUUCACAGACCUCACAGUGCAGCGCCUCGCCUUGUUUAGUAAGAGGAUUCAGGUUCAUUAUGUUGCAGUUUCCUGCUCGGGAAAUUACUGUACUUAUCAAUCACAGCUUUGUGUCAACAAAUAUGUCUCCCAAGCAUUAUCUCAAAUGCUACAGACCACAAAAAUGAAAUAUGGAAAACUUAACUGUUAAGCUUACCUCGUCGUACUAUCGGUAUUCCAUCACAAUCCUCCGCCUUGGAUAGCCUUAGCACGGUAAAACACUCCAACUUUCAAAUUAUACUUGCGCAUCACGAGGUUUUUGUCUCACAUUCUGCUCCACUGUGUCAGAAAAGAGUCGCUUUACGAGGGAAGCGAUCGAUUACUGAAGGCCGGUGGGUCGCUAAAUAUACAUAACAACCCUUAGAUGUCUUGUGGUAUCAUCAGAAAGCAAAAAUAUACCGAUUCCACGCUCCUAGAACCUAUAGAAGCUGGCAAAUUUGAAGCCGUUGAAAUCACUUUCAAAAUGGACGCCAAAAAGAAUGACCGUAGUGAGCAUGAGCAAAGGAAAAGUCCGCUGACCAGCACUCCGCUCUGUUCUAGGCCCCAUUCUCUCUUGUUUUCCCUGUUGUUUUCUCCGUCUAAGAGCAUUUUAGUUUUACGCCAGUACUAGUACUGAUUAACAUCAAUCUGGCAAAUAUUGAAAGCUGUUGGUAAGCUCUGCGAUUUUUAUCACUUAGAAUGGAAAGCAAUGGCAACCUCGCACACUUCACAGUCUUUGCAUCAAUGCAACGCGCGCGAGUAAUGCAUGAGAACCGUUUAAUCUCGAGAGUAAAUUUACCUUUAUUCACCUUGAUUGUACGCCAAGGCAAAGUUUACGAAACAUUGAUCAUGCGAUCUUGGACAUGGGUUAAAAAAAAAAGAAAAAAAUUCGUCACCUGAAACGUAACGGAAACAAGAAAGAACGGAAAUGUGAUGACAGAAAUGUGGCGGAAACAUGAUCGUUCGUUUCCGACGCGGAAACAUGGCGGAAACGCGUCCCGUCCAUGGAAAACUAGAUCACCAUGUUUCCGCCGGGCGGAAACGUGACGGAUAUAAGCAACUUCCCGUUUCCGUCGAGUUUCCAAAAUACGGAAACACGUUAUUUCGUCCUGUGUUCUGCUCGCAGGGUAAAAAAACUUUAUUUCGGUCCAGAGACGAACUUGGUCAAUACCAAGCCUUUUUGACCUAACGCUUGGUCAUUAACUUUAUAACACUCUUUCAAAGCGAAUAUAUUGAUUGAUUGUAGGGUUACAGAGUGGAGUUAUACGAUCUACGGAGCCAUAUGGACUUCCACUUAACAUUACUACCUUACCGCAGAAACUCAAAGAAGCAGGUAUGGACAAACUGACUUCAACAACCUUGUGCUCACUAGCUCCAUUUGCUCCCAAAUGCGUACUCAAUCAAUGAAAAUCGAUACUCCAGACUGCGUUCAGUCUAUUAUUUCUGUUUUUUUAAAAUCGCAGUAGAUGGACAGCACGAGUGAGAAGAAGAGCAAUUCUUUUUCCUCUCUCUACCCCCAAAUCUCCCCUACUUUUAAUCAUUUGUAAUUUGCCGGCAUUAUUUUACUUUCUCGCUCGCCCUUGGCUCCAAGGAAAGAGGGACGACCACUCCCGAUCUAAUCGAUAUCAAUCAUUUUGCAAAUUAAUGGUUGUUGAAUUGAACUGAGUGAAGUGCAAUUUAGUCUGUAUCUGAUCGGACGGGCGCGCAACGUGACUAAAAAAAAAAAAAAAAAAAAUAGUGGAUGAGGUUUUUGUGAUAUCCGGAAUAAUCAUAUUAUUCCUUGAUUAUUUAGGAGAUCACAAAAACCGAAUCUAUAAUAAUAGUUUUAUUAUACAUUGCUUUGAAGAAAAUAACGAGAAACACACGGUCGCAAGGAACCUGAAUUGUUAUUGUUAUUAGUCAGUUAUCUGCUAGAAGAUAACUAAUUAAUCUGUAGGUUGCGGUGAUUUCCCAAAAAAACUGUAGGCUUUUAGCCAAUGAGAAGACAGAUAAUUAGUACAAUGUAUAAUAAUAAUGCUUGUAUGUAUCCGUGUCUUCGUAUUUACCCCUUUGUUACAUACGAAUGACAUGCGAAUAUAAGGGAAAAAAUGUUUUGCGCUACCUUGCGCUAAAUGGAAUGAUUCACUUAGGUUGCAUUUUGAGACAUUAUUAAAAUUUGUUAUAAAUACAUCUUUGCAUGGUUUUUUAAAGUUACAUUUCUCAACAUUGUUAGACUUGAGGAUUGUUUAAAAAGCUGAAAAAGGCAUUCGAAUGUUUCCGUAUGUUACUUACUUGACAAUCGUAUGCAUCCGUUAUCCUGCGUUGCAGCCGGCACACGCACUCGUCUAAACCAUUUGUACAGUCAGUCUGUAUAGUCUAUAUAGCAGGUUUAGAGCGUCUGCGACGCAGGCUAGCAUCCGUAUGUUGCUUGCGUGCAUCCCUAUAUAACCUAUAAGUUUCUCGUAUGUAUUCACUUAGUAAAGCGAAGUUAAUCUGUUUCAGUAACAAAUAUCGACGAAAUAUGGCUGUGUAAUGCUUUUCCGACCCGGGGCCAUCUUUACGCAUGAACACACAGGCAAUCGCUGAUUUUAACUGGUAACUUGGAAACAAAUGAUACAUUUGCCAAUUAAAUUUUAACAAUUACCAUUGAAGAGUGGGACCAAAGGAUCCCAUUUCUUGUUUGUAGGAUUUUUUGUAGAUACUUGUUUGUAGAAUUCAAUUUUAUACACUUGUUUUUACAUUUUUAGCUGAGGGGUCCUGUUGCAGGUUCAACAACCCGCCUAGAUGUACUGUCUUUGGUCGCCACUAAAAACUAUAUUUCAAAAGCUUUAAAAUGCACUCAUUUUUAUUUCACAACAGGAUAUUCUACACAUAUGAUAGGAAAGUGGCAUCUGGGAUUUUGUAGCUGGUCAUACACUCCACGAUACCGUGGCUUCGAUUCUUUUUAUGGCAUAUAUCUUGGCGCUGGAGAUCAUUACACACACGAAACAGCCAGAAUUCUUGAUCUACAUGAUAACGAAACGCCUGUAGAAAAUAAAGACGGAGUUUAUUCUACGUAUCUUUACGCUGAGGUUUGGAAUAACAAUAGAUUUUUAUUUAUUCUUUUCUUUUUUUUUUUUUUCGCUUAGCUGUUUCACCUACCUGAUCAUACGGAGAAAAGAAAUGUAGUACUUUUUACCACAAAAAAAUCUUCCGGAUCUUGACUGUCGACUGUCAUAUUUUUUUGUGACAAAUGUAUUAGAGUUGCGGAAAUGAAAUCAAGUGAAGAAUGGUCCACGCAGUUGUGAACGCAAUUUAUGCAAUUGCGUAAGAGAAGCCCGAAAAAAAUUCACGACUUCAACGGGAUUUAUACCCGUGACCUAGCGAUACCAGUGCGACGUUCUAACCAGCUAACGCGCGGGGUGGGGGGUGUACUGCCAUACAUGGGCUAUAUAGGUAUGUGCCGCUGUGAAGGGUAUGGUUUUCAAGCGGUUUACUCUAGGAUAGGGUAUAUACAUCAGAACAUUUGGGUCUAGAAUAAGGUAUCAUUUUUCAGAAAACUGAUCAGUUGGUUGAAGAUUUUAUCUAGACCAGGGAAACAGCUACUCUAGGAUAGGGGGGAUUUGGGGCGUUUACUCUAGUAUAGGGUAGCAAAAUUUAGCUGAACUAGCUCUGGUAUAGGUUAAGGGUUCCAGGGUCCCAGCGGUACUUCCCCACCCAGAAAUUCCUAAAGUGCCCCCACCCCCCCGGGCAAACUAAGCUAUGAAGCCACUGAUGCUGGGAGCAGGUCAUAUGUUCGGUAUCACGAGGUCACGGGUUCAAAUCCCGUUAAAGUCCUGAAUUUUUUUUCAGGCUUCUCUUACGCAAUUGCAUAAAUUGCGUUUACAACUGCCUGGAUCAUUCUUCACUUGACAAGAUAUUAUUGUUGAUUAGUCAGGAGAGGAAAACAUUAAGGAACAGGACAGCAAACAGUUCCAAUACAUAAAAGUCUGGAAUUACAAGCCUCGACCAUUCUUUUUUCAAUUUAAUAGAUAUACAUAUAUAUAUAUAUAUAUAUACAAAUUUUAGCGUCACCUGCCCCCAACACAGUAAAGUGGAUGUCAAUUUCGAGCGCUUUUUAUUUGCAGCAAGCACAGAAGGUAAUUCUAUCCCACAAUGCCUCGACACCAUUGUUUUUAUAUCUACCAUUUCAAAGCGUCCAUAGUCCUCUGCAAGUUCCCACCGAGUACACGGAAAAGUACGAAAACAUCAAAGAUGAUGACAGAAAAAUCUAUGCAGGAAUGGUUGAAAAUGUUGAUGAAGCAAUAGGAAAUAUAACAGAGGCAAUGAAGACAGCUGGGUGAGUAGAUAAUAAGGAGAGAUUUGGACCUGUCAGAUAAAACAUCCAUUUAUUUGACAUCAAAGUUACAUUAGGGCACCCAUAAGAAUUUGAAGUACCCAUUCGUAAUAAGCACUUAGGGGUACGGAAGCAGGGAUCAUAAGUAAAUUCCGGGGGAGAAACAAAAGGAAAUACGAUAUUAAUCCCCGGGGAAACCCUUUACUUGUCAUUCCGUUAAGGGGUGAAAAUCGCCAAAAGUUGGUCUCACUUUGGAAGUUUUUCAUGAAAAGCAAAUAUUUUUUACCCACACAGGUACAACUUCGUUUUGUGCGGGACGAAAUCGCCACAUAAAAGUGAUAAAGAAACUAACUGCAACAACCGUGGACGAAGAUCCCGCUGGUUGUAAACGUUGAAUCUCUAGAAAAAAGAUCUAAUCAGCUAAAAUAUCCAAAAAACUAGAAGUCCAAAGACCACUACAAAGCUGAUCAUAACAACGUGUUUUGUUUUUUUCAUAACAAUAUUUCGGUUGGCCAUACCAGCCUUCUUCAGGUUUACAGAUGUUACUGAAUUUAUGAUAGGAACUACAAUAAUUAGUAUAUAGAUAGAAAUGUGGCAAUAACCAUUGUUGACAAGGGAGAGGCGGAAAUGAAGUACAACAUAGAAAAGAAAAGAAAAACUAAUAAGGAUAUGGAUUACAAUGAUUCGUCACGGCCGUUUAGGCCAUUGGGUUCAAGAGUCACGGUCCUUAUCUAUCAAAUGUGUCUCCCUCGCCUUACGGACCGAGUCACGUGAAGAAUGAACUUUCCCUGAGAGAUUAACUGCAUGUCACUGUGAGAAUGGUCAGAGUGAGAGAGAAAGUGUUCAGAAACAUUAGUGGGUUUAGAUUUAACGUUAGUUUUGUCGACUGGACGUCUGUGUUCGUUAAAUUUGUCCUUGAGGCAAAAGUGACCAAACUGUGUUGAAGACAGUGUGGGUGUCAACAUUUUUAGCAGAAUUAAAAUCACUAUUGCGCUGAUUUGAUUGCCUGUUCUAGUAUGGUCUCUUCUAGAGCUUAAAAUAUUGAACUUAAGCCAAUACUUGAGAAAUAAGUUGUUAAUGACUAAAUCACCGCUUCGUGUCAAACAAAUCUUUAUCCCAAGUAUUAUAUGAAACGUCACAAACAACAAAAAUGAACUUUGAAAAUCUGAUAUGCUAUCAAGUUUCCAAAAUCCACAAUUGCGGUCCUUUAAUCUCUUCAAGAAUAUCCAUUCUCAGCUCCUUUUGUAAUAAUUCGCCGUGUUAGUUGUACCUUCUCAUGCGUCACUUAGAUUGUUCGUUUUGCUUUACUUUCUGUUUAGUUUAUGGGACAACACUUUGUUGAUUGUGACUACUGAUAAUGGCGGGGCAUCUGAUGAAGGUGGUUACAACUGGCCUCUUCGUGGUGAAAAAGGAAGCCUCUGGGAGGGAGGGGUCAGAGGAGUGGGUUUUGUUCAUGGAAAAAUGCUGCAGAGGACUGGAGUCACGUGCAAGGAGCUUUUUCACGUGACUGACUGGUACCCAACCCUCCUCCAUCUUGCAGGUUUGCCCCCAUUGAUUGUUACAAAUACUUAGAUCACGUCACUCCUUUAGAUCACUGAAGUGCCCUGUAAGAGUUGUUGAUUGUCUAUUUUUAAUUAGUAGAAAAACAAAACGCUAUUAGGCUCCUGCUUUGCUUCUUGUUCCUUGUCAGGCAUAGAAGAGGAUUCUGAUAGUUCAGCGCUGGAUGGCUUCAACAUAUGGCCCGCAAUUUCUGAAGGGGUCCCAUCAGAAAGAACAGAGAUUCUUCACAAUAUUGACGGAAACAGUGCGGCAAUUCGUGUGGGCGACAUGAAGCUGUUGUUAAACGUAAAGAAUCAAGAAUGGUAUGAACCGCCAGAGUUGUCCUCUGGGGCAAGGAAAGCGAAAAAGGUAUUAACAAGAGAGCAUGAUGGGAUAGAGAGGGAAACGCCUUGUCUACUGAGCCCUUGGGACUGA